AUGACUUCCUCGGAAUGGUAUCAACAACGACAAAGAGUUUCUCAUUGGCAGCAAAGGCCAUGCGUUGUAUUAUCUGAAUUCUGUCAGUUUCAUAAAUUACCUAACCCAAAAUACGUUUUACGUUCCAAUGAUGGGAAGGCUUAUUGGUUUGAUUGUUUUAUUGGGGAACGCGCCUUCGCUCCAAGUUAUAUUUGCAAAAACUGUUGGCACCAAAACGAUGCAAUUGAUUAUAUUUCAACCCAAACAUUUAUUCGCUUAUUAAAUGAAUAUAAACAAACAACAAUUGACAUUAGAUCAACAAGCAGGAUGAAAACAAAUAAACCACGUGGUCAACAUAUUAGAUUUCAAGACGUUGGAAUGGAUCAUGAUCCAAAUCCGGAGAGAGAUAUUUUAAAUAAAUGUCCAGGAAGCCGUCCAAGGGCUAACCUUGAGCUGUUUCACAAGGAGUUAAAAACUUAUCAGGAAAGAAAGAGAAAAGAGAAAGAAGAAAGACAAAUCUUAAAAAAAGAAGCAAUGGCUAAAGGGAAGAGAAAAAAUCUUGCACCACUAUUUUCUUUUCAAACAUCAAACAACGUCGAUAGUGAUGAUGAUCAUCACAGCACUUUUUUCAUGGGUAACGUACCAUUGUCAACCGUUCAACCGUCCAAGUUUGAUCUGGAUUUUGGAGGAAUGGCCUCUUUUACUCAACAACCAUUAGAGCAACCAACAUUUGGACAGCCCUCGGUUCAAUCAACAUCAAAAGUUCAAAACCAAUUGCAAUUUUUUGAUCAAAAUAAACCAGUACAACAUACUUUCACACAAACAUCUGUUCCACUUCCCGUGAAUAUUCAAGAACAGGUACAAAUGUCAUUGGAAACCUUGUCUCUUUCACAGGAAUUUUCCGUACAAGAGAAUUCAACAAUUUCACCUGCGGUCACUAUAAAGGAAGUGUCGGAAACGGAAGAUGAUGAACAAAAAAACGCGAAUGAGGAUCAACAAAUAAAAACACUCAUCCUUGAUAUGUCAUCCAUCACAUUUGAUUGUUUUAAUAAUUCAAAAGUCCAUUCAACAGCCUGGAAUCACAUUGAUUUUCGAGCAAAAGAUGCGUAA